CUUUACCCAACGGCCGAGCGAUGGCGGUGCCACAGCUGCAGUUCAAGGAUUGCGAGCUAGACGCCAUCACUCUUUCGUGGGAGCGGGCCGAAGGCACCGGCUAUAAACUGGAAUUCCGGGAGAUUCUUGUUUCGGAUUGGGCAGGAUGUCGCUCGAUUGCAAUAGCACCAGAACAAUCUUCGUCUACGGAGGUCAGCACCAAGGUUACUGGUCUCAACCCUUCUUCUUCCUACAUUUUUCGGCUCUACACGGUUACAGCUGACGGCCAAGCGGUGGGCCCAGGGCCAGAAAUCGCUUUUGACACUGAAGUUGUGUCGUGCGCACCAACAAGUAAAUCGUGCUGCUCCAUUUCCUAAUGAUGGAUGAGUCAAGACCUACCGGAGAAAGGAAGUGAGUGGGUGAGAAUCAAGAAAGUUGACUUGAAGCGAACGAAAAAGCCUGGCGUCGACGUAAUCUUGUUCCAAUAGAAACCCGCAGCGUGCGCGACUGGUUACUGCCCUUCUACUCUCAGCUCCGUUUUCGUUGAUGGGCCUUCUUCAUGCGUCGACAGGGGUUCGUUGACUGUAUUUUUGGAAGCAGGGGAGUUGUUGUGCUUUUUCGCGAAUGACGUCGUUUCGUGUACGUCAUGCAAGACUAGGUGGUCGUAACGUAUCAGGUGUCGAUGCCCAUCAUUCCAGGUGUUAGUUUGGAGAUAUAUUUUGUUUCUGGAUGCACAAGGCACAAGCGAAGUAGCGCAUGAGGCUUCGGCAUUGGCCGUUUUUUUGUUGGGGUUUGUCGUGUCUACGUUUUUUCUCUCUGUUACCCAAGGCGUCAUCCGGUUGUUACCCUUGUAGCCUACUGCUGUUGCUAAGCUGUAAUAUUGUGUACUAUGCGUAUGCUCUUGGCGCGCUUGCGGUGGUUCUCCUUUGGGUGCUCCCCGUCUGUUUGUUAUUGUGUUGGAAACCUCAGCUGUCAAUAUUCGACCGGGAUCUGCUAUCCUCGGAGAGAGUUGCAUAUCGUGAUGCUUCGUGCGGGUUUGUCUAGGGGAGCGCGAGUAUAUAGCUGGUUGAGAUCAUGGUAGCCUCGCCUUGUUGAUUUUUCUACCAGCCAAUUCAGCCUGUAAGAACAAGCCAUUCCCAAGAACAUGAUCGAAACUCUGGAGAACCAGUGAAUGUUGACACUCUGCCAAUUCCCUAGGGCAAGACGGCGUUGAGAUUUUGAAUACGGUGCCUAGUACCGUGCCGAGUGUACUCACCGCAGCAGUCAGAAACCCAAUUCCUUGCUAUUUGUUUCGUAACAACUGGAGGCCCACACUUCAUUCGUGAAUGUGGACUAUUGAAGAGUCUUCGGAGUUUGUCACCUUUGGCAUAUGUGUGACACGUCCCACUGCAUCUUGUCGCGGGGCAUGCUCAAAUCCAAUCCCGCGGGGCGUUUUGGAUUCCCCGCUCGUCCUCUUUUCAGUACCCAAAUUCAGAGUCUGGUCCGAUACCACUUUAGGCGUGUUUAAUGCGAUGAACGAAAAUAGGAACAAGCAAGCGUGUUUGCCAAAGUAUCAUUCG